CACAGCCACCUCCGUGCGUGCAUUUUACUGAUUGGCCGCACUGUUCUUCUGCAGCUCUGCCAGUCUUUCCCGUCAUCUGCAUGCACUUGACUCUCUCCCUACUCUGAAAUUUUGGGUUCUCUUUCUUCGAACCGAAAUAAAGUCUUUGAAGAUGGCUGUGGAUAACAUCCAGCGUAAUUGACGAACGAUCACUUCCAUCCUGUUGCAUUUGGAUGAUCAAACUUCGUUAAUUCGAGGAACUUUCGUUGUCCGAAUUUUUGUUUUCUUUUGGAUGACCUGUUGAGGGUUUUACGGGCUAUUCAGAGUUGUUAGCUGUGAUUGGAGUUAGUUGACUCCGCCAUACUCUUUGGCGAGAAUUACUCCUGUGAUUUUACUGGGAGCUGUAGUCUGGGGUUUUGUUUUGCUGAUUAUAAAAUUAACCACAUCGAAUCUUUUUCAAGUCUUAUGACUUACUUGGGUCGGUUUGGGCUAACGUCGAGUAUUCAUUUCUUUCAUCCUGAGUCGGCUUCCGAAGGCUUCCGAGCUAAUAUAGGAUGUCGAAAGUAACAGUAAGUCCCAGGUGCCUCAAAGUGGGGAAGCGCUUCUGAGUAUUACCCUGUGCUUCCAUCGGUCAUCAUGCCUCUUUACGAGUUAUACAGAAUGACUAAAGCGAACCUCGAAGAGAAAGACAGCACAUGUGCAACUGAUCGAUCUUCCGCACCGGAGAAUGACUUUUUUGAGUUGGUUUGGGAAAAUGGUCAGAUUUCGAUGCUGGGUAAGUCAAGCAGAGCAAGAAAGAGCCCCGUACAUAAGAGUCUUCCAUCUCACAGCUUACCAUCUCACAGUCCAAGGACUCGAGAUAAAGAUGUAGGAUUUGAUGUCGAUACAAGGAUGGGUAAGGUAGGGGAUUUAGACUCUGGAUUGAAUGAAAUUCCAAUGCCUGUUCCUCCGGAUGAAAUGAAUUUAAGUCAAGAUGAAGACAUGAUACCUUGGUUAACUUACCCAAUGGAUGACUCUUUGCAACAUGAAUAUAGUUUUGAUUUCACGCGUGAUGUAUCUGGGGUCACCGUAAACGAGUUCCCGGGUGCCUCAAAUAAUUUUGCUCUAAUGGAUAAAAGGUGUAUCGGCAACCAGGUAUAUAAGGACUCUCACAAAAGUCCUGAGCAUGAUGUUUCAAGUUCAGAACAGGCAAAUCCUACCAAGGUAUCUUCAACUGGAGAAGUCGAGACUAGCAGGCCGAAAGGAAACAACAGCCAGUUAUAUCCACCAUCAUCGCAGCAAUGUCAAACAUCAUUUGCAUCUAUUAGAUCAAAAAUAUCAGAUAUCACUGAAAAUAAUACAAGUAAUGCAAUACUGCAAUCACCUUGCGGGGAAAUCACUCAGAUUCCCUCUUCAUCUAGUGGUUUUUGUAGCCUAAGUAUGCAGAAACAAGAUCCAUUAUGUCCUAGGAAUAGUUCUAACACGAUGAAUUUCUCCCAUUUUGUAAGACCUGCUGCUAUUGUGAGAGCUAAUCUUCAAAGCAUCAGUAUGAUGUCUGGUUUGUCUUCUGCAAGACCAGUUAGCUUGGGAACUAGGAAAAAAGAUGUUGAUGCAAGUAGCAGUAACCCUCCUGAAUCAAUACUCGUUGAUUUAGAUAAUCAAAAAAAGCUGGUCAUGGACCUAUCAAAGGCUGAGUUGAAACCGGCCAAUCCAAAAUCUCUCGGACAGAAGGAUGAUUUUGCAGAGCAGCAUGACCCUGCCUGCAAAGAGGAGGGUGCAUUUAAGAACGAUCAAAUUUCCAAUCAAGUUCCCACGGAAAGUGGCACUAAAGGGCAACCAGCUGCUGAAAAAAACAUGAACCCUGAAGUAGCCUCUUCCUCCAUUUGCUCAGGAAAUAGCAUGAAGAGAGAUUCAGAUAAUGCAGAUAAGAAUUUGAAGCGAAAAAGUCUAGAUACUGAGGACUCUGAGUGUCACAGUGAAGAAGUUGAGGAAGAAUCAGUGGGUAUCAAAAAGGCAGCUCCUGCACGAGGUACAAGUUCUAAGAGAAGUCGUGCAGCUGAAGUGCAUAAUUUAUCCGAAAGGAGGCGAAGAGACAGGAUCAAUGAGAAGAUGCGCGCAUUACAAGAACUUAUCCCAAAUUGCAAUAAGGUGGAUAAGGCCUCGAUGCUGGAUGAAGCAAUUGAGUAUCUUAAAACACUUCAACUCCAAGUUCAAAUUAUGUCAAUGGGAGCUGGUUUAUAUGCGCCUCCAAAUCCGUUGAUGUUGCACCCUGGAAUGCAGCACAUGCAGGCACCACAUAUGGCUUCAUUCUCACCUAUAGGAAUUGGCAUGCAAAUGGGGUUAGGAAUGGGUUAUGGGUUGAGCAUGCCUGAGAUGAAUGGUAGAUCCCCUAGAUUCCCUAUGGUUCAGGUGCCCCAAAUGCAAGGACCUCAUUUCCCUGUUUUACCUAUGCCUGGACCCACUGCUGCCUUGCAUGGGAUGCCAAGAUCAAGCCACCAAGCAUUCGGGUUUCCUGGUCAGGGAUUUUACAUGCCGAUGCUAAAUGCUCCAGGACUUUCUGUGUCAGGAGGGCCCGUCAUGAACCCUUCAACUCCGGGACAAAACGCUUUAGGAGCUGCAGGAGUUGGGGAAACUGUUGAUUCGGCUUCAGCCUCUAGUUUAAAGGAUGCAAUGCCAAAUGUGGAUUCACAAGUCAUGCUAAGCACGGGUGUCAGUAACUCCACAAUUCAGAUGUCUACUCGGUGUGAAGCAACGAAUGUUGGAGUUGAUCAGUCAGCACCAGUGCAGACUUGCGGGCAUACCUCCAAUAUUAAUGACAGUGGAGCUACAAAUCCUGGUAAAGAAGAUAACCUUGUGAUUGGUAAAUCUUGUAAUGACUGACGCUCAGAUCGUUGGCUGUUGAACUUCUUUGGAUGAUUCUUAUCGUUAUAAGUCCAACAACAUAGAAUAUGUUAGAAUCGGUGAGGAUGACCCAUUAAGUCUAUUUUCAGAAGCCUAAUUACUGGACUUUAGGAUAAAAAAAUUACAAAUUCUAGUAUAAUGGAUGAUGACACUCAUUUGUACAUUCAUUUGGUGACCUUCCAAUUGAUCAGUGCAAAAAUUCAAAUUCCGCGUAGAAAUACGGACUACAAUGUAUCACUCAUAUUUUUCCUUGUGAUUCUUUGUAUUAAUAAAAUAAUAGUGUUAUCAUUGACCAUGGCAA